AUGAAGAAUCUCAUUUUCGGUAUCUCUCUUCUCGCGUCAGCUUUUAUCUCUACCCAAGCUGCCAAUACUGGCGUGGAUGUAUCUGCUUUGGUAUCUACCGACUCGUGGUCAUGUGCAAAGAACUAUGGAUAUAGCCAUGCCAUCAUUCGCUGCUACUUUGAGGCAUGGGGUGGUAAUCCGGGCGGUGCUCUUGAUAACUCAUGUGCCAAAAACUACGCCAACGCAGUGGCAGGUGGAUUUGAUCAAAUUGAUCUAUACAUGUUCCCUUGCACUGGCCGUAGCACUUGCAAGUCUCCUGCCGCCCAAGUCAAUGAAAUGGUGGGUCACAUGAACAGCAACAAGAUGAAAAUUGGCACCCUUUGGCUUGAUGUUGAGGUGGAUCCUCAAUCCAAUAACUGGCCUUCUGCAUCCCAAGCACAAUCUACUUUAAAGGAAUUUAAAGCAGCAUUUGAUGCAACAGGCCUUAAAUGGGGUGUUUACGCCUCCCAAUCUCAAUGGACAUCCAUCACAGGUUCAAAGGAUUGGGUGUUGGAUUCAUCUGUCCCCUUGUGGUAUGCUCAUUACGAUGAAGCACUCAACUUUGAUGACUUUAGCUCAUUUGGCGGAUGGACCAAGCCAACCAUCAAGCAAUACGCUGGAUCGCAAUCAUUCUGCUCUGCCAACUGGGACAAGAACUUUUAUGGAUAA